AUGGAAAACCCUGGCAGUGGCAGUGCUACUGCCAACAUAGGCGAAAAAGUCAUGAGAGAAGAGCUCAAGUCUUACCGCGAAAACAACGCGAGAACACCGUCAAUACGUUGCAACAAGAAGCUCUUUAUUAGUAGAGAUGAUGUUAGAUACAACAACAAAUUUGAUCGUAACAUUUACAGUACACUCUACGACCCUUCUCGUAUUCGAGGCAGCAGAGCCGUAUAUUUUGCUGCUCCUGCUGAUUACGGUGCCGAUAAAUUUUUGGUGGCUCGUGGUAAGCGACUUGUAAUAGUGAAAUGGAAUGGUGGAAAAUGGAAAUCCAAUCCUAUCCAGAAGAUCUUGAGAGACCCCCAUGGGUUUGAAAUCCCCGAAUAUCAAAUCCGAGAAGACAUAAUUAGUUAUGGAUCUAUCGACCCGCAAGGCAGAUUGUGGUUUGGGACAAAGAAUGUUCAUGGAGAAACUUUUGGGGAUGUGUGGACUUACAAUCGUGAUACGCAACCAUAUCUUAAGCAACCGCUAAAUAAUGAGCGACUCAGACCACAUCAGCAUGACCAAAAUAAUUAUAGCAAUGGAAUCGUGUGGUUCAGUACGAUUAGGAAACCUACAAUAGCCUAUUACAACGAUAUUCUGACAAAUAAAAUUCAUUCGUAUAGUUAUAAUCUAGAAACCGGAGAUCUUAUGGAGUUGCUUGAUACCGUCUAUGACUUGAAUGGGCUCCAUGAACAUAAUAUCAACGGGCCGUUGUGCCGUUUUGGUCGUAUGGCUAUUGAUACUAGAGGUUUUCUCUGGGCGCCUCUUCUUUCAGGCUCACAUGUCCUUGAAAUUAAUCCAUAUGCUAAAAAAGUGGAGCGAUUUAUGCCCAUAACUGCACACUCACUCACUGCAUGCACUUUCGGAGGUGCGAACGGCAAUAUUUUAUAUGUAACAUCGCGAAAAUCUAGUACUCGUCCAACUGUCGAUCAGGGUGGUACAAUUUUUGCCGUCACUAACCUUGGCAAUGGCGUGGUGGGAUAUCGGACACCAACAUUCCUGUCCUAA